AUGACAAGAUCCAAACGUGACACCACUUUGGCUUCCACUUCAAUGACUACGAAGAAAUCCAAGAAUGACAAUCUUGAACUUGUUAUUACUCCCACUACCAUCGAAGACUCCACUGCUGGUUACUCUACACCCUCUUCAUCUCAUGACAAAUCUAACAAUACUGAGAACACAAAGGAGGCAGGUCCUGAAACUUCAACCAUGGGUAACAAGAUUUCCAUGAACACCAUCACUACUAAUCCUGAUGGUACUGAUAACAUCUCCAAUACAAUUACCAACAGUCCUCUUUCUCUUACUCCCUCUCACUUUUAUGUGUUCACUUAUGCAUUUAUAGACAGCAAAAGCGACGACAAAGAAGAGAAAGAUACUGCGACCUCUCUCCUCUUACACCCCUCCACUGCUAUCAUGACAAGAUUGACCACAUCUCCUAGCGACGGACUCACAGAUGAUGACUGGCAGAUAGUGUUGGAUUACCCUCCUGACACCAUCUUUCAGAACAAUCCUGAUUAUCCAGAGGACCUUCAAGAGUAG